GUGCAAAGUAUUUUGACAGCAUGUUUUGCUCCAGAGAAUAAAACACCAAAUGAAUGGUUUGAAUUAAAUAGCACUCAUGAACUCCUCAGUGAGUUUGAACAUGUAGAACUUAAAAAGAUGUACCAAGACAGACAAAACUUACCAUCACAUCUAAAAGGUAUAUAUGUUCAUAAGUUCCUAGUUAGUUCUAUAGCAAUGUGGGCUUCACCUCGUUAUGCAAUCUACAUACUUAUGCUACUUGACGAACUUUGUACAAAGCAG